CAGCUUAACAAAAUGCUUCAUGGUAUAAGCACAUCUUUAAUAGUGCCGCGAAAAUGCACAUCUUCGUCUGUCGGGGUUAGGGCCCGUUCGUCAACCGUAUGCAGGACCUCUACGAAUGAUGCUAAUAUACGUGCUGCGUUCGACGACCUUGCCGCCAUGGCGAGGAUUGAAACCGCGUUGGUCUUACAGCGGAGCCCGAUGGCAUCGCUGGGCCUCGUAGCAUCCUCAAACCAAAAAUGUGGCGACGUCCUCAUGCGAGUACCACGAUCUGUAGCAAUUGUACUCGAUUAUGAAAGGGGCCUGUCUAUGCCUCCCGCGCGGUGGCCUAGGCUGCGGGGCGGCGUAUCUGCCAGCCUGGAUCCCCUACCCUGGGACAUCCUACAAGCCCUCGCCCUCAUCGACGCGCUCGCAGGCGACGGCGGGGAGUUCUGGCACGCCUACUGCGACGUGCUGCUGCCGGCCCCCGAGCGCCUCACCCUGCCCCUGUGCUGGGCGCCCGCCCGGCUAGCGCAGCUGCAGCAUGCGGAUAUCGCGGCGGCGGCCGUGGCGCAGCAGGACCGGCUGAGGGGGCUGCUGCCUGAGCUGAUGGAGCCCCUGGCGCCAGACGUGCCCAGCUGGCUGCAGUGGGCGUUCGCAUGCGUCAGGAGCCGAGCGAUCCGGGCGGGCCCUAAUGCCUUCGCGUUGGUUCCCUUCCUGGACUUCGCAAACCACGCUGAGGCCCCCCCAAGCCCCCCACCUACAUCCGCAUCAUCUUCAUCCCGGCCCUCCCCCACUCGGACGCCCCCCUCCGCCACCUCUGCCCCCACUGCCAACGCCGACUUCCGCGUCUCUCACGCUCCCAACAACGCAGGCAGCAGCAGCAGUGGUACCAGCAGUAACAACAGCAGCAGCAGUAACAACAGCAGCAGCAGCAGCAGUAACAACAACAGCAGCAGCAGUAACAUUGCCGGUGGCGAGGCUUUCGAGCUGGUAGCCUUGAGGGACAUAGCCGCGGGCGAGGAGGUGACGAUCUGCUACAGCGGACCCGCGGGUCACACCAACCAACGCUUCAUGGCGCAGUAUGGUUUCGUACCGCACGGGGGAAACCGCGCGGAUCGAGUCAAACUGGAUUUGGAGCCUGAGCUGCUAUCUGCCCCGCUAGACCUGGCGCGCAUUCAGGACCUGCUGGGGGACGGUCUCUUCCUCGGCGCUCUGAGCGGCUCCGACCCCUACCUCUUCGCAGCGCUCAAGUCCCUGCCGCUAGCGGAUGAAAGCGCUGCAGAUGGCAGCAGCAGCAGCGGCGGCGGCGCAGGGGGUGACCCGCGGGUCGCUCGGACGGCAACUGGAGAUGAUGCCAGCAUGCGAACGGCCCAGGCGCUGUUGCGGCAGGUGCAGGCGCAGAUAGCGGAAGGCACCACACCUCUGGAGGCGGAUGAGGAGGCGUUGUACGGCAGCCGGGGCGGUGAGAAGCUGCAGGAGGCUGACCCCCGCCUGGCUGCAGCUCUGUCGUACAGAUUGGAGCGCAAGCGGUUGCUAGCCAAGACGGAAGCGCUGCUGAAGGCGUACGGCAGGAUAGGACGGUGAUGCUGUACGGAAUAUGUGUCGUACGGGUAUAGCAAGUGGAUUCAAAAAGCGCUGCAAAGCGUGGAUGUAAUCGGAUUCAAGAGGUGGAAGUUGCAAGCUUGGCAGUUCUUACCCUCUUACCUUACCUCGGAAUGAGUAUAGCGCUUUCUGAGGGCGAGCUACCGGUAGUAGUGGGUGAGGGUUGAAAUGUAGGCAAUAGCGGGUGAAGAACAGUUCAGAGCUCAGGGUGCGGGUAGGGACAGGGGGACUGGUUACGGCCCAGGAAGCAGAAGAUAUGAAGCGGCAGGUGCGCGCCGGACGGAGCAGCAGCAAACAGUUAGCGUUUUUUGGGCACGUUGCCCAAGCACACUAUCCGCAUUGCGCAAGAAGGAAUUGUCUGUGCGGCUGGGGGCCGGCGGUUCCCACCCGCAAUUCCAGUGCCCAGCGCGGGAUGGGCGCGGUGGACGCCGGAGCCGGCCGCUUAUUCGGUUCCGUACACUGGGCCAAACAUCUUUGGUUGGGUUCAUCACCCGUGUUCAAUUUUAGGGCACCAUUGUAACGGUCCUUCAUUCA